AUGAAAACAGUCAAACCUUUAACUAAUUCUAGGCGCAAGACUAUCUUGAUAAACUAUCGGGAAAAGUUGGUUCCCUAUAAAAACAAACCUCCUCGUAAAUUACUCCAAAUACUUCAACCUCACUCAGGAAGAAAUAACCAAGGUAGAAUUACUGUCCGCCACCAAGGCGGUCGCCACAAAAGAAAAUAUCGAUUCAUUGAACGUAUGGCAAAAAGCGGUCCUGGUAAUCCCUAUCAAUCGGAUGGACUAGAAGGAGAAGUGAUGAGUAUUGAAUAUGACCCUAACCGUAAUUGUUUUAUUUUACUGAUAAAUUAUAAAAAAUAUUUUAGAUAUAUUAUAACUCCUGAAGGACUAAAAGUUGGCGAUAAAAUAAUCAGUGGAGAAAGCGAAGAUAUUCCAAUCCAAGUCGGGAAUAAUUUGCCACUUUACUACAUUCCAGUCAACACUCCAAUUCACAAUGUAGAACUAAAGCCAAAAAAGGGAGGACAACUAGCACGGAGUGCUGGCACUUAUGCAAAAAUAAUUGGAAAAGUAGGGAAAGACGGAAGAGUUCCGGUAAAAUUAAGAUCCAAAACAGAAUAUAGGAUUUUGGCAACUUGCCGAGCAACUAUCGGUAAAGUCAGUAACAGCGAGGCCAAUUUAGUCCGAUUAGGAAAAGCAGGCCGGUCUCGUUGGUUAGGCAUACGGCCAACCGUAAGAGGAACAGCUCAGAAUGCAGUUGACCAUCCGCACGGAGGAGGAGAAGGAAAAGCGGGGAUUGGUCAUCCUUCUCCACUUAGCCCUUGGGGUAAAAAGACCUUAGGGAAAAAAACCCGCAAAAAAAAUAAACUCUCUGACAAAUACAUUACCAAAAAUAAAUAA